AUGAUGGGAAGCUGUCCCUGGAGGAGUUCCAGGCCUUUUUUUCUGAUGGGACGCUCAACGAAGAAGAACUAGAGAAGCUCUUUCAUACCAUUGAUUCCGACAACACCAACAACGUGGACACCAAGGAGCUGUGCGACUACUUCGCUGACCACAUGGGAGACUAUGAAGACGUCUUGGCCUCACUGGAAACGCUGAAUCUCUCCAUCCUGAAGGCGAUGGACUACACCAAACGGGAGACCUUCAGGACCAGACAAGGCAAACUUGAGCUCAGAAGGGUCCAACACAGAUUUAUAAAAGGGGAAUUUGUUAGCAAAAUACUUUUGAAGGAGACGGCCAACCAGACCCAGUCGCUGCUGAGCUCCGUGGAGAGUGCUGUGGAUGCCAUCGACGAGCAAACCAACUCCUCCAGACACUGCCCCAGCAAGGCCAGCCAUGGUCUGAUGGACACCUGGUACGACAGCCCCAUGCCCAGCUACUCCUCCACCAGCUGGAUCGUCCCCAGGGAGCAUGGGAAGAGCUUCCAGACUGGUUCCCCCGACGCCAAAGCAGAGGGGCUGGAGGGGCAGAUCAACAGGCUGGCUGAGCUUGUCGGCAGGCUGGAGGACAAGACCCUCUGGUUUGACCUGCAUCAGCGGCUGUCGGACAGCGAGAGCACGGCUUGCACG